GUGCCGUGCCGGCUCGAGCAUGAGGCAGCUCGAUUGAGACUAUGCUUUCUUGUUGCUACUACUCUUUCGAAAUCCUAGAAAUCCAAAAAUCGUGAUCUCUCGGUUUCUCCCAGAUGCUCGCUAACAAGUUUCACCGCCUUUUAGUCUUUGUCCUCCUUGUGCUACCAGUCUUGGAAGCUUCAGUCAUCUCCUUGGGGCCUCGGCAUCUUGGAGGACAUGGGAUUUAUCCACUGGAAGCCUCCGUGGAGCUCAACAUCACCAACUUUGAUGCCGUCCUUACGGAUUCUCCUACUACUUACGCUAUCGUUGAGUUCUUUGCUCAUUGGUGUCCAGCUUGCAGAAAUUAUAAGCCUCACUAUGAGAAGGUUGCAAGACUAUUCAAUGGGCCUGAAGCAGUGCAUCCUGGUAUCGUACUUAUGGCACAUGUAGAUUGCGCCUUGAAGAUGAAUUCAGAUCUUUGUGAUCAAUUUUCAGUUCGGCACUACCCCAUGCUGCUGUGGGGACCUCCUACUAAAUUCGUAUCUGGUAAAUGGGAUUCUAAACAAGAGAAAAAUGAAAUACAACCCAUUGAUGAUGGAAGAACUGCUGAACGAUUGCUUAAUUGGAUCAACAACAAGAUUGGAAGUUCAACCGUGGUAACAACUAGCUAGUUGUUGGCAUCUUUUUCAGUUCAACCGUGGUAACAACUAGCUAGUUGCUGGACUUCAAGAUUAGCAUCUAUGUUAUUGUGUGUUUUUAUUUGGAUUGCGUGUUGUAUUUUCUUUCAUAUUGAAAUACUGAAAGAUGUCUUAACUUCUAUCAUAUUGACAAUUGAGACCUUGUUUGGUUAUUUAAAAAUUUCAAAGUUACUUAUUCACACAUUA